CGCUUUUCUUUUUUUUUUCUUGCUUCUUCCUUUUUUUGGCCAUCUUUGCCUUUUGGCUAAUUGGCUAAGUUGCUCAGCCAAAACCAUCAUCAUUCCACCAAUUCAUUUUCAAGUAAACUUAACUGCUACACGCAAAGGCGGCACACAAAGUUAAUCUUUAAGACACAAAAAAUUUUAAAAAGAAUAUUUAACAUCAUUAUCAAAGAAAAAUGCAACCCUUUAACAACAACACCCAUUUACCCUUCUCACAACGGCAAAUAUUUACCCUUUUAUUUGUCUGGUUCUUAGUAAUAUCAAUUCUACUAACUUUUGAGGGCUCUUCAGCUUUACAAGGAGCGUCAGAAAUGGAAACUGGUAAAUUAAAAAAGGAAAAGAGGGGGGAAGAGGGGGAAAAUUAA